CGGUUGGGAUCUCAUCCUGACGCCCCGGGGAUUUCAGAGGAACAUGCAAAACCAGCCUCCUUGCCAACUCAGCGAUUCGCUUUCACUUCGUAUUCAGUUGUCUUUCUAGAAUUCUUACAGUUGCAUCAAAGCCAUCUAUUAAUGUAUAUGGUGUCCGUUGGGUUUCUUUUAAAAACGAGGAAGUGUGAGGCAAGGGGAAAAUGAUGAAAUAAUGUAGCUUGUCAGCUUUUUUAGUUUUUGUGGACUGGAAGAUACGCCCGCGCGUGUUUGUAUUUAGGAACCCUAGUUUGAUUAGGUUACGGCAGAGAGGACAACGCCUAAUGUUGACCUGCAAGAUGACGAGUAGUGAUUUGGAAAUACACGCAGUAGGUCUGAGUCGUGAGAGGAGCAAAGUUUUAGAAAGGUCCACUUAAGCAAAGUGAAGAACUUGACAGUGAUAACGUUCUUAGUUUUGUAGGGUCAGCUUUUGAAAUACUUCAAUCAUGACGAAAAGAGAAGCAGAGGAGCUGAUAGAAAUUGAGAUUGAUGGAACAGAGAAACCAGAGUGCACAGAAGAAAGCAUUGUUGAACAAACCUACACUCCAGCUGAAUGUGUAAGCCAGGCCAUAGACAUCAAUGAGCCAAUAGGCAAUUUAAAGAAACUACUAGAACCAAGACUGCAGUGUUCUUUGGAUGCUCAUGAAAUUUGCCUGCAAGAUAUCCAGCUGGAUCCGGAACGAAGUUUAUUUGACCAAGGAGUAAAGACAGACGGAACUGUACAGCUUAGUGUACAGGUAAUUUCUUACCAAGGAAUUGAACCAAAGCUAAACAUCCUGGAAAUCGUUAAACCUGCGGAAACAGUUGAAGUAGUUAUUGAUCCAGAUGCCCACCAUGCGGAAGCAGAAGCACAUCUUGUCGAGGAAGCUCAAGUGAUCACUCUCGACGGCACAAAGCACAUUACAGCCAUUUCAGAUGAAACCUCGGAACAAGUGACCAGAUGGGCUGCUGCUCUGGAAGGUUAUAGGAAAGAGCAAGAGCGUCUUGGGAUACCCUAUGAUCCCAUACAGUGGUCCACAGACCAAGUCCUGCAUUGGGUGGUUUGGGUAAUGAAGGAAUUCAGCAUGACCGAUAUAGACCUCACUACGCUGAAUAUUUCCGGAAGAGAACUCUGUAGUCUCAACCAAGAAGAUUUUUUUCAGCGGGUUCCUCGGGGAGAAAUUCUCUGGAGUCAUCUGGAACUUCUUCGAAAAUAUGUAUUGGCAAGCCAAGAACAACAGAUGAAUGAAAUAGUUACAAUUGAUCAACCUGUGCAAAUUAUUCCAGCAUCAGUGCAGUCUGCUACACCAACAGCCAUUAAAGCUAUAAAUAGUAGUGCAAAGGCAGCUAAAGUACAAAGAGCUCCAAGGAUUUCAGGAGAAGAUAGAAGUUCACCUGGGAACAGAACAGGAAACAACGGCCAAAUCCAACUGUGGCAGUUUUUGCUAGAACUACUUACUGACAAGGAUGCUCGAGACUGCAUUUCUUGGGUUGGUGAUGAAGGAGAAUUUAAGCUAAAUCAGCCCGAACUGGUUGCACAAAAAUGGGGACAACGUAAAAAUAAACCUACAAUGAACUAUGAGAAACUUAGUCGUGCAUUAAGGUAUUAUUAUGAUGGGGACAUGAUUUGUAAAGUUCAAGGCAAGAGAUUUGUAUACAAGUUUGUCUGUGACUUGAAGACUCUUAUUGGAUACAGUGCAGCAGAGUUGAACCGUUUGGUCACAGAAUGUGAACAGAAGAAACUUGCGAAGAUGCAACUCCAUGGAAUUGCCCAGCCAGUCACAGCAGUAGCCCUGGCUACUGCGUCUCUGCAAACAGAAAAGGAUAAUUGAGCCCAGGACCUUUUGGGAGUCCAAGGUCUUUCUUAAAUGUUAGAGCAAGUAUUGCUCUUACCUUUAUUACUGAAUUUGAAUCUUCUUUUAUUUCUAGACUGUACAAUCUGUUGCAUGAUUUUUUUAUAAAUAUUUCAUACUCUUGUGAAUUUGGAUCUUUUUACUUUGAGCAUAUAUUUUAGAAAAUAUGUAUGUUAAACGAUCACCACAAUGUCUUUAGGCAGGUUCAUUGUGGGAUAGUUUGUUAACAGUCAAGAAAGCUAAACUGGUCAGUAUUAAUGUCUAGCCCAACCAAAAAUAGCCAGUAGCUAUUGAUGAAAAAUAAAUGAAAGUAUCUCCAGGAAACAGUCUGGCUUAACUAUUUUUGAAAAUAUAACUGUUUCCCCUCUCUGCUGCUUUAGAUGUUGCUUUUACAUAGAACCAGAAAAUGGAAUUUUUCACAGCUGAAGCAUGUAUGCCUGUUUCAUCUAAUCAAGCAGAGCUAAAAUAGUCAUAUCAAAUAAAAUUAUAAUAUUGAUAAAUUACUGAACUAAGAACAUCACGUUAUUAAAGUAAUUUAUAUAUUUGCAAGCAAAGGACAGUAAAAAGACUGGCAGAGGAACAGUGCUGAAGAAAGAGAUCCAGGUUUAAAUCUGGCUUUACUCAAGCCAAUUUUAAGAAUUUACUGUAUAGCUAUUUCAUAAUGUCAGGCCAAGAGUUUAAGUUAUUAUAAGAGAGGCAUUAAAUUCUAAUAAACCAACUAUUACAAAAAUUCUCAAAUGAUCUCUGCUUUCCCUAUCAGAGAUCUAAAAAACUGAAAAAGUAUACCUCAACCCAAAAAUAAAAGUUUGGUUUAGUUUGGUUUGGUAUGGCUUUUUUUUUUUUUUUUAAUUACCCUGUAGUGCUGGUUUAUUAUACAAAGCAGCUUAUAUAGUCCUGGGUUUCUGAUGAAGUGAAGACUUUAAAUCAGUCAGUAGUACUUUACCUUUCAAGACAUUAGUAAAUUACUUGCAAAUAGUUUUAAAAGGAAGUUUUGAACUCCAGUGUAGGCAGACUUUUCUUAAAACAAAAUUUCCCAUGUAUUUAAUUUUUUCCUUUGAAUAUUAUAUAUGAGUGUACAGAUAUCUAUAUGUCCAGUUGACCAUCUUAUAUAUAUAUACAUGUACACACAUAUAAAUGAAGACAUAAUAUUCAAAGCAAAGAUACUUCAAAAGGUGAUAACUCAAAAAAAAAGGUGAUAACUCAUUUAAAAAAUUCUUUAAAAAUUAAAUAAUUCUUACAUAUGUAAAACUGUUUACUUAACACAAGCCAAUACGAAACAGAAAUGGCUAGAAAUGUCUUUCUUUUUUUCUUGCUUGCUGUGCUUGGUUUCCUUGCUUUUUUUCUUUUUGUUUUAAGAUAUUAUGCACGAAUCAUGAUAUGAGAUACUGGCAAAUAAUCCUCUUAUAGCAGAAGAUUGAUUCUCAAAUAUUACUUUAUGUACCUUCUCCCUCAUCAUCGCCUUUAAAUCCAUCCCUCUAAACAGCCUAAUAAGAGCUCAGUACUUCUGACUAACUAGGAGGAAAGUGCCGUGCUAAUGCGGUCAGAGAGGCGCUGCUAGCAGUGGCUGCCGCUAGUGCUAACUGGUGGUUUGGAGAGAGCCAUAGGGCAGGGGUCUCAGGGGCAACGCGUAGAGGAAGGCGUCGGUGACCUGCUUUUCUGGGAACCUCAGAUCAUACUACGAAGUGUUCUGCUGUCGGACUGCAACGUGUAAUGUCACGUCAUUCAUAUUUUUAUUGUGUCUAAGUCCUCUAAGACCCUGCAGUAGAAUCUAAAAAGAAUAAAAUUUGUAAUUUCCAUUUUUACCUUUUUAUAAACACAUACAGAAUAGACUGACAAAUUAUUAGUUUAAUUUGGAUGCUGUGAUUGCAAGAAUAUCUGAAUAGAAUAGCAAUAUGAAAUAAUAUAUAGAAGCUCUAGUUCAGAUAACAGAUAGCUAAAAAGAAGGUUUGCACCGUCCUCUGACGGCCUGGGAAGUUGACAAGUCACUUACAGUUUUAAAAUAAUAAUAAUAAAGUUUACUCUUCUGGUAUGUUAUCAAGAGCUUAAAAAUAUUGACUUUUUGAUUUAAAAUGCUUUGGGGGAGACAUGUUAAAGUUUUAGCGAAGAUGACAGAUUUCCAUUAUGUCUCAACUGUAUGUAUAUAUAUUUUUAAGACAAGGAACACCCAUAUUUCUUCUAGAUCCCUAAAAUCAAACUAUUAUUUCUUUUUUCCUUAUGUGUUCCUCAGAUACUUUUUUUUUUUUUUAAAACCACAUUCUAUCCAUUUUCUUCCUUUGCAGUUUUUAUUUUAUUCCUCAUUAUCAUUUGAACAGAGACAGUUCUCAUACAUGAUCAGGUGCUGUUUCUUUUUUCUUCUUUGCCUCUCACCAUUGUUUUCUGCACCAUAGCAUAAGUAAUGAGACUAAUUUCCCCAGUUGACUCAAGAAACUUCUGUUACUUUGUCUCAACUUAUAAAUAAACUAUUUCCAUUGUCCUUAUUGAGGUUGCAGUUAUCAGAAGCCAAGUAGUCUUUUCUUUUGUUGAAAGAUAACUUGUGUUCUGAAAGAAAAUAUAAAAUAAUUUGCUCUGCUUUUAUGAAUGAAAUUUCCAUAGAAGAAUUUACAAUAUAUUCAAAAGGGAGAAAGAUAAAAUUAUUGGCCAUCUUCCAUACCAUGUAAGUACAAAAAUAAUGAAGUGUGUUCAGUUUUGUUUUAAAACUUUUUUUCCACAUGAGAUUCUCAUUGAGCCAACUUUCAUACAUAUCUUGCUGACCUUAAGUUUAGAAAUUUGUGUUGGCAUCAGAAAAUCAAACAAAUUAGGCAGAACUGCUCUGUGGUUGAUUGUCACAUGAAUUGACUCAUCACAUUUAUUUUUGUGUCAGUCUGUGUCAGUUAAUUAGGAAAAAUUGUUUAGUUGUUUUUCUCCCCUGAAUAAAUGGUGAAAUUCAACUAUGAUAUUUCUUUAAAGGAUUGUGCCUCCGAAUAUUUUUGGUGAGGUCUGCUGUUUUACAUAUUCAUCAUUUUAUGCUACUGCCUUUUAAAAAGAACUAAUGUAUCUUUGAAAUAGCACAAAAAUGUUUUAAAAUUCAUAAUUUCAAAACAACAUGUGACUAACUUAAUGUCUUCAUAUCUAGAGGGUAUAAAAAUAUUGAUAUUUCAGUGAUAUUUCACUUGCUGCCAGAAAAAAAUAUUCUCAGUCUUUUGUAAGAGGGAAGAGGAUUUUUGCAUACAUUUUUACUCUUUAAAUAAAGACACUUGUACUGUCAUAACAACAAUUAUGUAUUUCUUUGUGGCUUUUUUUUUGUAAUUUUACAUAAGACAGUUAUUUUCUAUUUUUACUCAGAUAAAAAAAUAUUUGUGCAUAAAAUGUAAAAAUAGUAAAAUGAGAAAAAUAAAACUAUUAUACAGUA